GUCCAAAUCAGAAUAACUACCCUGCACUCGCGACUCGCGAUCUCAGUGAAACAAAAUGGCGUGCAACGCAGCAACCUGCGACUCCGGUUGCUACAGAGACGCCUCCGGCGAAGUCGGGGAAAAGGAGCAGCAGAAGCGGCCGGUGACCGGGAAUAACGGAGAUACACCGGGUGCGAACAGCUCCGAGUCCUCUGGCAACCGCAUCUGCGUAAAAUGUAAACUUAAUGAAACCAUCACUGCCAGCGGCGGCGGCGGCGGUGUAAGAGGAGAUGGCGAAAGGUUCUGUGCUGAUUGUUUCAGAAGUAAUCUGUAUGGGAAGUUCAGGUUUUCAGUUAGCUCCAAUGCUAUGAUCUCGCCUUCGGAUAACGUCCUUGUAGCCUUUUCCGGCGGCCCCUCCUCCAGGGUGGCUCUUCAUUUUGUUAGUGAGAUGCAAGACAAAGCUCAGAAGAAUUUUGAAGCCAGCAGGGACCGAGCAUUACCUGUUUUUGGUGUUGGGGUUGCAUUUGUUGAUGAACGAUCAAUUUCCCCAGUUCCUUGUCAUGAAUUUGAUAAAGCAAUUGAAGAGAUGAAACUGAUUGUUUCAAAUUUGGCUCCACCACUGAAACAAUUCCAUGUUGUCCCUACUGAGUCUGUCUACUCAUUAGAACCUGCUAAUGGAAGAGAGCAGCUGAAAAAGUUAAUUGACGCUGUUAGUGAUACAACAGGAAGAGAAGAUCUUCUGGAGCAUUUUCGUAUGUUAGCCUUGCAAAAGACUGCUCUUGAAAAUGGAUACACCAAAAUUGUCUUAGGCACGUGUACAUCAAGGAUUGCUUGUCAUGUACUUGAAGCAACUGUCAAGGGCCAAGGUUACUCCUUAGCUGCAGAUAUCCAAUACGUUGAUGCAAGAUGGGAAAUUCCAGUAUUGCUCCCCCUUCGUGAUUGUUUUGCUCAUGAGAUGAGUUUGCUGUGCUGCCUUGACAGUUUAAAGACAGUAGAAUUGUUUAAUGGUCUACGUUCUGGCAUCAAUGGUCUGGUCUCCUCAUUUGUGAAAUUAUUGCAGGAGGAGAAUCCAUCCAGAGAGAGCACAAUUGUAAGAACAGCAGGAAAGCUUACCCCUUUCCAUUUCAAUAGAAUUCCAGAAGAUAACGAAUAUAAUGGUCACACAGCAUCUCAGAGGAGGCAGAAGAAAUACAAUAUCAAAACUGAUAACUUGAUUCCUCAAGAGUCAUUUUGUCCCAUAUGCAAUAGUCCAGUCAAGAUCUCUGACCUUACAAAUUUAACCCGUUCUGAGGAUGUUCAAACAAGUAUAGAUCUUACAGGGUCAUGCUGCUCAAGUUGCCAGUUUCAAAUUUUGCCCGGGGAGCUCUCAGCUAUAGACUAUUUUCAUUCACUCCUACCAGACCCAAUAAUUGCCCGAGCAAAAGAUGCAAGAUUUAUCCAUCAGAGCAGGCUAAGGGAGCAAAUAGAGGACUGCUUGCUCUCAGACACUGAAGAUGGAACCUAAGCUUAUGUUUGUAAUUCAUUGUUUAUAAA